UCCAAAGACUUAACCUAACUGAUUUAACCCCAAUAAUUCCCGAAAUAGCCGACAUAUCAUAAAACGUCUAAAUAACAAAUAAACCCCCCCAAUUAAUGACUAUCUAACAGGGUCGCACUCGGCAGGUGGAAUGGUGAUCAAGAACCACAUCGGGGCAAUCCUCCUGGCUAGUGGGGUUCAGUUCCCAUUGAUAGAUGAUCCAAUGACGGUUGAAUUACUGGUGUGCUCCGUGAGGCGAUUGUUUGGUUUCUCGAAAAUGAGGUUUGAAGGAGAUGUCAAGGUGGUCAUUGAGAAAAUUAUUCGAGCUGAUGUCAGGAAUUCUCGGAUAGGGGCGAUUCUGGAGGAAGUUGUGCACCUCUUUACGCUUCAUGCAGGGUUUAGUGUUCGAUUUGUAGGACGGAGUAACAAUAGGGUAGCCUAUUUGAUGGCUCGAAAUACCCUUUCUUUGUACCAGACUGCGAGUCGUUUCUUUGAUUUCCAGACUUGGCUACAUUCUAGGUGUCAUAACUGGGCAGCCCAUUAGUACGAUAUUAUCCGCUUUGGGCCGAGCCCGCACGGUUUUACUCUUGGGUGUCCUCCCCAAAAGGCCUCGUACUAAUGAGAUUGGUGGACACUAAUAUACAAGGGUUCCUUCCCAUGUAUUUCCGAUGUGGUACUUGGAUUGUCCCAUAACAAUCCUCCCCUCAAGCCAAGGACCACGAACAUCGUGUCCUCACCUCUGCGAUUAUCUUGAUCCGCCAUACACCUUGAAUCGAUGGGCCUCUCGUUACAAGGAUUUUCCAAACGCAGAACUCUCUUUGAUCCGCCAAAUCAUGAGCCCAAACAUGGAUCUCUCGUGAAUCCACCAAACCAGACGCAGAUCGCAAAUCCCGAAGCACCGAAUGAGGGUCCACCAAACUGACGUCCACCGCCCCGCACCGAACCAGGCUCUGAUACCACUUGUCAUAACUGGGCAGCUCAUUAGUACGAUAUUGUCCGCUUUGGGCCGAGCCCGCACGGUUUUACUCUUGGGUGUCCUCCCCAAAAGGCCUCGUACUAAUGAGAUUGGUGGACACUAAUAUACAAGGGUUCCUUCCCAUGUAUUUCCGAUGUAGUAUUUGGAUUGUCCCAUAACACUAUGAUGUAAUUGCCUAUGUUCAAAUCAAUGACUGAUUAUCAU